UUCAACUCCUAUGUAGUUGCAUACGAGCACACAGGUCUUUUACCUCUUUCUUUCCCCUUUUAUCCUAGCCAUUUGGGCGUUGUAGAAGAUGUCCUGUGUGAGAGCUGUGAGAGGUCUGGCACCCGUCUGUGGCUUUCAGCCUCUCACUGUUUUAUCUCGCGGUGUCAGUUUCUCUCCGCGCCAGGUCGCAUCCGAUGCCAGUUUUCACUCGGUGUCCUUCUCUGAAUCUGAUCAUCCCAGAGUUCUCAUUACCGGAGGUCUGGGUCAGCUGGGAGUGGGGCUCGCCAAACUGCUCAGGAAGCAGUUCGGAAAAUAUAAUGUAAUUCUGUCUGAUAUCAGGAAACCUCCAGCUCAUGUUUACCAAAGCGGUCCCUUUAUAUAUUCUGACAUUUUGGACUACAAGAACUUGCGUGAGAUUGUUGUAAACAACCGCAUCUCCUGGUUGAUUCACUACAGCGUCCUACUGAGUGCAGUCGGAGAGGCCAAUGUGUCCCUCGCUCGUGAUGUCAACAUCACUGGGUUGCACAACAUUCUUGACAUCACCGCAGAACAUGGGCUCCGUCUCUUCAUCCCCAGCACUAUUGGAGCCUUUGGCCCCACGUCCCCUCGUGACCCCACCCCCGAUCUGUGCAUCCAACGACCGCGAACCAUUUACGGAGUGUCCAAGGUUCAUGCUGAGCUAAUGGGAGAGUAUUACCAUCACAGGUAUGGUCUUGACUUCCGCUGUCUCAGAUACCCAGGAAUCAUUUCUGCAGACUCUCAACCCGGUAGAGGAACUACAGACUAUGCUGUUCAGAUCUUCCACGAUGCUGUGAAAGCAGGUAGAUUUGUGUGCAAUCUGAGGCCUGACACGAGACUCCCCAUGAUGUUCAUUGAUGAUUGUCUGAGAGCCACACUGGAGGUUCUGGAAGCUCCUCCUGAGACACUCGGCAUGCGAACGUACAACAUCAGCGCCUUGAGCUUCACUCCAGAGGAGCUGGUACAAGAAAUCAGGAGGCACCUGCCAGACCUGCAGGUCACCUAUGAGAUUGACCCAGUUCGACAGGCUAUUGCUGACAGCUGGCCAAUGGUCUUGGAUGACAGCAGUGCCCGUAGUGACUGGGGCUGGAAACACAACUAUGGUUUGCCAGAGCUGGUUCAGACAAUGCUCAACUUCACUGGCUCAGACUCCAGAAAGGCUCGAGCCAAGUAAACACCAUAUGCCAUCAUGUGUUUGAGUUUAGCCGAGAUGUUUGGGACCUAAUGGAAUGUAUGGUAAUUGGGCUCUGCAGUAUACUAUGUAGCGUACUGAGAUUAAUGAAGGUCAACUUUCUGUAGCACGUAUUUGCACACUUCUUCCUGGUAAAGUAAACCAAAGAUUUACAGGGUUCAA